CGACAUUUUGCGCUUGAGCAGGAAGCAAAUCUAGUAAGUCAGCAAGAAAUUCCCAAAAAUUUGCAUUGCAAAAUGAAACGGGUGGAAAACGUAUUUAGAUGAUAUUAUCUGUGUUUAAUAAUAUUAUAAAAAUUUAAAAAAGUGACAAUCAAAAGCAAGAAGAGUGACUAUUAAAUAAAUAAAAUAUUUCUAUUUCUAUCUUUAACAUAAAAUAUAAAAUGUUUUACGCGGUCGUUUAUUUUCUCUUAAGUGUGAUAGCGCUGGCUUUAGUGAGUAUUCUGCUUCAAUAUUUCAAAAACAGACGUUUGUAUAAGCAAGCAGAACUUUUUCCUGGCCCGAAAACUAUCCCAAUUUUCGGAAAUGCUCAUCUUUUUGUUGGAAGUACAGAAGAUAUUCUCAACAAAUUUAAAGACAUUUAUGAUUCUUAUCCUUCACCCUUGAGAGUUUGGUUGGGAGAUCGACUAUUCAUCGCGGUUUAUGAUCCAGAACAACUGAAAACAAUUCUUUUAAGUCCAAAAGCUAUCGAGAAGGAUGACCUUUAUAAAUUUGCUCGGCCUUGGUUAGGUACAGGUUUAUUUACUGCACCCGCAUCAAAGUGGCGUGUUCAUCGUAGACUAAUUAUGCCAGCAUUUAAUCAAAAAAUUUUGCAAUCAUUUAUUGAAAUUUUCGAAAAACAUUCAAUGAUACUAGUCCAAGAAUUAGAGAAACACGUUAAUGGCAAAGAAUUCGAUGUAUUCAAACAUAUAUCAGUUUGUACUUUAAAUACAAUAUGUGAAAGUGCCAUGGGCGUUUCGACAACUUCAGAAAUCGAGAAACAUAAUAAAUACGCCCAUGCAGCUGAAAGGGUCUUUCAAGUGAUUUUUCACAGAAUGGCUAAAAUCUGGCUGCAUCCAGAUAUUUUUUUUAAAUUCACUAAGAUGUCGCGAGACAUGACCGAAGCUGUAAAAUUUUUACACAGUGUAACAAAUGAUGUGAUUCAAAAGAAAAAGAAAGAUUUAAAAGCUGUAGGAACAGAAAUAGAGCAAACCCACUGGAAACCGUUCUUGGAUUUAUUGAUGGAAUUGUCCGAUAAUGGCAAAAAAUUCACUGACGAAGAGCUUCGAGAAGAAGUCGAUACGAUGAUGAUAGCCGGUAACGACACUACAGCGAGCGUGAAUUCCUUCGUGAUUCUAAUGUUAGCUUCCCACCCUGAGAUUCAAGAAAAGGCAUAUCAGGAGCUUUAUGAAAUUUAUGGCGACCACAGUCCAGAAGAUUUACCAGUUACCAACGAAGAUUUACAGAAAAUGGAUUAUUUGGAGAGAGUUAUUAAAGAGACUAUGCGACUUUUCCCGGUGGGUCCAGUUAUCUUACGCAAAGCGGGAGAUGAUCUUGACAUAGGUGGGCAUACCUUACCAAAAGGAAGUUCAAUAGUCAUCGUUAUAAUGAAGAUUCAUAGAAACGAAGAACACUGGCUUGAUCCACUGAAAUUUAAUCCAGACAGAUUUUUGCCUCAUGAAACUGCAAAACGACAUCCUUAUUGUUACAUUCCAUUCAGCGCCGGCCCAAGAAACUGCAUAGGUUUUAAAUACGCUAUGAUGGCCAUGAAGGUUCUUAUUGCCACAAUUCUUCGGAAAUACGUUUUGAUAAAAGACGAAAUCACACUAAUAGAGAAUAUCAAAUUAAAAGUCGACGUGAUGCUCAAGCCUGUUGAUCAAAUAACUGUAAGAAUCGAGAAAAGAAUUCCAAAAUUAAUUCGUACAUAACAAACUGAAUCUUUUUUUACGUUGUAUUAUCCAUAUUAGUUUUUAAUGAAAUUGUCAAAUUAGUAAAAUUGUAUGUCAACUCAAUUA